AUGCAGCACAAUGACGAAUUGGAGAUACUAGUGGCACCGGAAGGCCUCUUUCCCGUUCUUAGUUUCAUGAGCCACCACCAACACGCCUGCUUCAAUCAAUGUUCUUCAGCAACGGCCAUCGACGUUCCCAGUAGAGUGUACAGGUUCGAAGUUGUUUACAACAUCCUCAGUUUGAGAUUCGGCGAGCGAGCCAGAGUGAAAACUUAUACUGACGAAGUAACCCCGUUGCGCUCGGCAUAUGAUGUUUGGAGAGUUUGCAACUGGUAUGAGCGAGAAAUUUACGAUAUGUUCGGUAUAAUCUUUACCCAUCAUCCCGAUCUCAGGAGAAUUCUAACAGACUAUGGCUUCAAGGGUCAUCCUCUCAGGAAAGAUUUUCCUUUGGUUGGUUACACCGAAGUAAGAUAUGACGACGGUUUGAAGAAAUUAGUAUAUGAACCAGUAGAGUACGCACAAGAAAUGCGACGGUACCGGUUAGAGUCGCCAUGGAAUUAUUUAAGUAAUUUUCAUGAGGAAUACAAUGCUCCGCCGGAGCCGAAGAAAAAGACG